AUGGCGCUAAAUUAUCGCUCUUUCCCGUUAUUCUGCCUCUCCCGUUCCCGUUGCAACUCCGUCACAACACAAUUGCCUUCGACACCGCACCGCGAGAAUCAUCAAAUCAUGGCUACCUCAAGCGCGGGCAUUGUCUUCGAGAAAGAUAUGGAUGCAGCUUUCGAAGAGACCACGUUCACCGGUGACUUUGCCUUCCGGCGCACCGUCUUCCUCAACUGCACCCUGCGCAAUGUCUCCAUCUACGCCUCGUCGCUGACGAACUGCGAGCUCCGCGAUGUCAAGAUCUACACCUCGUCCAUUGCCGGCGGUACCCUCGACAAAUGCGACAUCGCCAACUCUGCCGUCUCCAAGAGCACCCUAAACUAUUGCGAUGUCCUCAGCUCGAAGAUCACGACGUCCCAGAUCACGCACUCGACACUGAUCAAGAGCGCUCCCACCAAGUCGGCGGUCAAGGCCUGCGAGAUCAACAUGUCGCCUCCCGUACUUAGGAAGUUCCCGAUCGAGUUGCGCCAGAUGAUGUUCGGCUACUGCCUGCAGAUCGAGGAGGAUAACAAGUCACCGGCUCUGCUGAUGGCUCUGCGUGCUGACAAGGAGCUCUACCCGGAGGCGAUUGAGAUGUUCUACAAGCUCAACUACUUCACUCUCAACUCCGUUACCAUCAAGACGCUCGACGACCUCUCUCCAAAUGCUGUGAUGGGUAUCAAGAACCUCUGCUUUGACAAUCGCGACGGUGCACUCCCAACCACGGACACUUACGGUCUGACCCCACCUCUCGUCAAGGCUUCGCAGGUGGGUACCAUCCUGAUGAGAACAAAGUGCCACGUCGGACACCAAGGCGAUCCGCUCUGGGCCCUCCGCGCCGUCGACAAACUCAGAGGAGUAUCCAAGCUGCUUCUGGAGUGUAUCGAGGGGCCAACAUCGCAGUGGGCUGUUGACAUCUGGGAUAUCCAAGUAAACAUGCUAGAGAAGCAUCUCAGUGUCCCAGGCAAGCUCGAAUGUGAGGAGGCGGGCAUGAAGCUCAAGUCUUGGUCGGCGGAGGAGGGCAAGUGUCUUCGAUGGCAUUGA